CUCCCCACUUCGGUGUCUCCCGGUUUGGAGACUCUAAAAAUACCGGAGGUGUCACCGAGUGGGGGUCCGGUCUGGCCACGCCCCCUUUCAGGCUCCGGCCAAUCAGCGUCCUCUUCCGUAUCUGUGGUGAUGGAGGAUGGAGGUUUAUGGUCACAGCAGCGGCAUUCCGGAGAGUCCAGCGGACUGACGGAGCCUCUAAACCCGCAGAGGAGCCGCUGGAGCCGCAGUCCGCCUGAGUCUGGGCCGCCAGACCCGGAUCAAGAACUAGACCCGGACCGAACCGCCGCCGACCGGAGGAACGAGAACUUUCUGGUGCUUCUGCUCCAUGAGCUGGUCCAGCGGAUCUUCUGACUCUGGAUUUGCGCAUGUUCCGCUCUGAGUGACUCCAGCUGCGCCUCUUUUCUCUCUCCUGCGUCUGUUCUUCUUCUCAGCGGAACCAUGAUGAGCAGCUACCUGGAGCCGCCGCAGUUCUACCAGGCUCCGGACACCGGCGAGGAGGAGGAGGAGGAGAUGCCAGCCACCGAGAAGGACCUGGCCGAGGACGCGCCGUGGAAGAAGAUCCAGCAGAACACGUUCACCAGGUGGUGCAACGAGCACCUGAAGGUGGUCAACAAGCGGAUCGUGGACCUCCAGAAGGACCUGAGCGACGGGCUGAAGCUGAUCGGGCUGCUGGAGGUCCUGAGCCAGAAGAAGAUGUACCGGAAGUACCACCAGAGGCCCAACUUCAGGCAGAUGAAGCUGGAGAACGUGUCGGUGGCUCUGGAGUUCCUGGAGAGAGAACACAUCAAGCUGGUGUCCAUUGAUUCUAAAGCCAUCGUGGACGGGAACCUGAAGCUGAUCCUGGGUCUGAUCUGGACCCUGAUCCUCCAUUAUUCCAUCUCUAUGCCCAUGUGGGAGGACGAGGACGACGAAGACGCCAAGAAACUGACCCCCAAACAGCGACUGCUGGGCUGGAUCCAGAACAAGGUUCCCCAGCUGCCCAUCACCAACUUCCACCGGGACUGGAGGGACGGCAAGGCACUGGGAGCUCUGGUGGACAACUGUGCCCCCGGUCUUUGUCCUGACUGGGAAACAUGGGAUCCCAGUCAGCCGGUGGAAAACGCCAGAGAGGCCAUGCAGCAGGCCGAUGAUUGGCUGGGAGUUCCUCAGGUGAUCGCUCCAGAGGAGAUCGUCGAUCCCAACGUAGACGAACACUCGGUCAUGACUUACCUCUCUCAGUUCCCCAAAGCCAAGCUAAAGCCUGGGGCCCCUCUAAGGGCCAAAACGCUGCAUCCGAAGAGGGCCAAAGCCUAUGGACCAGGUAUCGAGCCUCGAGGUAACGUGGUUCUGAAACCAGCAGAGUUCCUGGUGGAGACGGUGGAGGCCGGACUCGGGGAGGUUCUGGUUUAUGUGGAGGAUCCAGAAGGACACACAGAGGAGGCCCGAGUAAUACCCAACAAUGACAAGAACCGGACCUACUCCGUGGUCUACCUGCCCAAAGUGGAAGGGCUUCAUAAGGUAAAGGUGCUGUUUGCAGGGCAGGACAUCGACAGAAGUCCCUUCAUGGUGAAUGUUUCAAAGGCCAUCAUGGGUGACCCGAGCAGAGUUCAGGCUCGCGGGCCGGGACUGCAGCCGAAUGGGAACGUGGCCAAUAAACCGACAUACUUUGAUAUUUAUAUUGCAGGGGCGGGUACGGGUGACGUGGGCGUCAUCAUUGUGGACUCGAACGGUCGGCGGGAUACAGUGGAGAUUGUCUUGGAGAACAAAGGAGACAGUAUAUUUCGGUGCACCUAUGCUCCCGUCCUGGAAGGGCCUCACAUCGUCUAUGUGACGUUUGCUGGGCAGCAGAUUCCCAGAAGCCCUUUCACUGUCAACAUCUCAGAGGUUCCACAGAGUGGCCCUCCUCCUGGGUCUCCGGUGCAGGUUGUACCUCAGUCCAUUUGCACCCCGCCCUCAGACAAGACCAGGAGAGCACCCCCUCCUACACCACCCAAACCCAGGCGACCAACCUGUAAUCCGAACGCCUGCCGAGCAUCAGGUCGAGGUUUGCAGCCGAAAGGGGUCCGAGUGAAGGAAGUGGCAGAUUUUAAAGUUUACACCAAAGGAGCCGGUAGUGGAGAACUCAAAGUCACCGUGAAGGGACCAAAGGGCCUAGAAGAGCCAGUGAAGGUGCUGGAGAUGGAAAAUGGUGUCUAUGAAUGUAAUUAUUACCCCAUAAUGACCGGAAAGUAUGUCGUCACCAUCACCUGGGGAGGACACAGCAUCCCACGCAGCCCAUUUGAGAUACUUGUGAGUGAGGAGGCGGGGCCUCAGAAGGUCAGGGCAUGGGGUCCAGGUCUGGAGACCGGGAUGGUCGGGAAGAGCGCCGACUUUGUGGUGGAGGCCAUCGGCACCGAAGUGGGAACUCUAGGUUUCUCCAUUGAGGGUCCCUCUCAGGCGAAGAUUGAGUGCGAUGAUAAAGGUGACGGAUCGUGUGAUGUCCGUUAUUGGCCGACCGAGCCGGGCGACUACGCUGUCCACGUCAUUUGUGACGACGAGGACAUCAAGGACAGUCCUUUCAUGGCUCACAUCCUCCCAGCUGCAAAUGACGUAUUCCCCGAGAAGGUGAAGUGUUUCGGUUCUGGUCUGGAGCCUCUUGGCUGCAUCGUCAACAAACCCGCUGAGUUCACCAUCGACACCCAUGGAGCCGGAAGAGGAGAACUGAAGCUUUACGCUCAGGAUGCAGAAGGUUUCCCCAUUGACAUCCAGAUCACCGAUAAUGGAGACAGCACCUUCUUCUGUGUUUACAUUCCCACCAAACCCAUCAAACACACCAUCAUCAUCACCUGGGGCGACGUCAACGUCCCCAACAGUCCCUUCAGGGUGACCAUUGGAGAAGGGAGUCAUCCAGAGAAUGUGAAGGUUUACGGUCCAGGUGUGGAGAAAACUGGACUGAAGGCAAACGAACCAACAUAUUUUACAGUGGACUGCAGUGAAGCCGGACAAGGUGACGUUAGCAUGGGCAUCAAAUGUGCUCCAGGUGUGGUCGGACCCGCCGAGGCCGACAUCGACUUCGACAUCAUCAAGAACGACAACGACACGUUCACGGUGAAGUACACACCCCCUGGGCCGGGCCAGUACACCAUCAUGGUUCUGUUCGGAGACCAGGAAAUCCCCAUCAGCCCCUUCAGAAUAAAGGUGGAGCCUUCACACGACGCCAACAAGGUUCGAGCAGACGGACCUGGACUGAACCGCACAGGUGUGGAGGUAGGGAAGCCGACCCACUUCACCAUCUACACUAAAGGAGCAGGAAAAGCCAAACCUGAAGUCCACUUCACCGGAGCAGCUAAAGGCGACGCCGUCCGAGACUUCGAGAUCAUCGACAACCAUGACUACUCAUACACGGUCCGCUACACGGCGCUGCAGCAGGGCAACAUGUCCAUCACGGUGUGUCACGGAGGAGAUCCUAUACCCAAGAGUCCCUUCAGCAUCAGCGUGGCUCCUCCUCUGGACCUGAGCCGGGUCAAAGUCCAGAACCUCAACAACAAGGUGGACGUCGGUAAGGAUCAGGAGUUUUCCAUUUCCACUCGCGGCGCCGGCGGUCAGAACAAACUGGACGUAAAGAUCACCUCGCCGUCCCGUCGACCAAUCCCCUGCAAGCUGGAAUCAGGCUCUGCCAAUGAGCUUCACUCGGUGAAGUAUAUCCCCCCCGAGGAGGGAACCUACCGGGUGGACAUCAGCUACGACGGGAACCCAGUUCCUGGGAGUCCGUUCAGCGUGGAGGGGGUGAUGCCGCCGGAUCCAUCCAAGGUCCGAGCCUACGGUCCAGGUCUCCAGGGGGGUGUUGUGGGUAAACCGGCACCCUUCGCCAUCGACACUAAAGGAGCCGGUACCGGAGGUUUGGGUCUAACAGUGGAAGGACCCUGUGAGGCGAAGAUUGAGUGCCAGGACAACGGGGACGGGUCGUGUUCCGUGUCCUACCUGCCCACCGAGCCUGGUGAGUACGCCAUCAACAUCCUGUUUGCGGACCAGCACAUCCCCGGGUCUCCUUUUAAGGCCGCCGUCCAGUCGGUGUUCGACCCCAGCAAGGUGACGGCCAGCGGGCCGGGCCUGGAGCAGGGGAAGGUCAACGAGGCCGGCGCCUUCACUGUGGACUGCUCCAAGGCCGGGGAGGCCGAACUCACCAUCGAGAUCAUCUCCGACUCUGGAACCAAAGCCGAGGUCCACAUCCAGAACAACGGCGACGGGACCUACUCCAUCACCUACAUCCCCCAGACCCACGGCAUGUACACCAUCACCAUCAAGUACGGUGGACACGUGGUGCCAAAGUUCCCGACCCGACUGCAGGUCGACCCGGCCGUGGACACCAGCGGGGUGAAGAUCUACGGACCUGGAGUGGAACCGACAGGCGUCCUGAGGGAAGUAAAAACCCAUUUCAUCGUGGACGCCAGAGCUCACUACAAGGUCGGAGGGAACCACGUCAGCGCCGCCAUCUCCAACCCGUCGGGCGCCAACACGGACGCUUACAUCAUCGACAAGGAGGACGGGACCUACCUGGUGCAGUACACACCGUACGAAGACGGUCUGCAUCUGAUCGAGGUCCUGUUCGAUGAGGUUUCGGUUCCCAACAGUCCGUUCAAGGUUUCCGUGAUAGAGGGUUGUGAUCCAACUCGAGUCCAAGCCUACGGUCCGGGUCUGGAAGAAGGACUGGUGAACAAAUCCAACCGUUUCACCGUUGAGACCAGGGGUGCUGGCACUGGAGGUCUUGGCCUGGCCAUUGAGGGACCAUCAGAGGCAAAGAUGUCAUGUAAGGACAACAAAGAUGGCAGCUGCAGUGUGGAGUACAUCCCCUUCACACCUGGAGAAUAUGACGUCAACAUCACCUUCGGAGGCCGACCAAUCCCAAUGAGUCCAUUUCGUGUUCCAGUUAGAGAGCUGGUUGAUCCCAGUAAGGUGAGGUGUUCAGGUCCUGGUCUUGGAAGUGGGGUUCGAGCUCAUGUCCCUCAGACCUUCACCGUGGACAGCAGCAAGGCUGGAGUAGCUCCUCUGGAGGUCCAACUCUACGGACCAACAGGUGUGGCUGAACCAAUCAGCAUCACCGACAACGGCGACGGUACUCACACCGUCAUCUACACUCCCACCAAUGACGGUCCAUAUACGGUAUGCGUCAAGUAUGCCGACCAGGAGGUUCCUCGCAGCCCGUUCAAGAUCAAGACAUUACCUGCUCACGAUGCUAGCAAAGUCCGGGCCAGUGGUCCAGGUCUGAACGCUUCUGGGGUUCCAGCCAGUCUGCCGGUUGAGUUCACCAUCGACGCCAGAGAUGCUGGAGAAGGUCUGCUGACCGUCCAGAUACUGGGUCCGGACGGCUGCAGGCGCGAGGCCUCGGUGUUUGUGGAGGACUGGGGCAGGAGGGUUUGGGAGACUCAUAUAGUAAAGAGAACCAUCCCCUUCAGUAUUCUGAGGAGAGGCUUCGAUCCGGAGGGGAAACCAAAGAAGGCAAACAUCCGAGACAACCGCGACGGGACGUACACGGUGUCCUACGUACCCGACAUGACCGGACGCUACACCAUCACCAUCAAAUACGGCGGAGACGAGAUCCCGUACUCGCCUUACCGUAUCCACGCCCUGCCAACUGGAGACGCCAGCAAGUGUCUGGUCACAGUGUCGAUCGGAGGACAUGGACCUGGUUCAGGUAUCGGCCCGACCAUCCAGAUCGGAGAGGAGACCGUCAUCACCGUGGACGCAAAGGCUGCUGGGAAAGGUAAAGUCACCUGUAAGGUGUCGACGCCGGACGGGGCGGAGCUGGAUGUGGACGUGGUGGAGAACGCCGACGGAACCUUCGACAUUUACUACACGGCUCCAGAACCCGGGAAGUACGUCAUCACCAUCCGGUUUGGAGGGGAGAACAUCCCCAACAGCCCCUUCCACGUGGUGGCGAGUGAAAGCGUCCCAAUAAUAGAGGAACCAUGUGACCAGCUUCAGUUACAGCAGAACUUCUUCUCCCCUCCAUGGGCGACCGAUGAUCCGAUCAGUCCGGUGGACGGUCUGGAGUCGAUGCUGCGACCCUUCAGUCUGGUGAUUCCGUUCACGGUGCAGAAAGGAGAGAUCACGGGUGAAGUGCGAAUGCCGUCCGGUCGAACAGCUCAUCCUCACAUCACUGACAACAAAGACGGAACCGUCACGGUGAAAUAUUCUCCGACUGAACGAGGUCUGCACGAGAUGGACAUCAAAUAUGAUGGAAACCACAUCCCAGGAAGUCCGCUGCAGUUCUACGUUGAUGCCGUCAACAGCGGUCAUGUGACAGCGUACGGACCCGGUCUGAGCCAUGGAACCAUGAACCGACCAGCGACGUUCACCAUCGUCACUAAAGACGCCGGAGAAGGCGGUUUGUCUCUGGCUGUCGAAGGUCCGUCCAAAGCAGAAAUCAACUGUAAAGACAACAAAGAUGGAACCUGUACGGUGUCCUACCUGCCCACUGCACCUGGAGACUACAACAUCAUCGUCAAGUUUGAUGACAAACACAUCCCCGGCAGCCCGUUCACCGCCAAAAUCACGGGUGAUGAUUCCAUGAGGACGUCGCAGCUCAACGUCGGCACGGCAACAGACGUGUCCUUAAAGAUCACGGAAACAGACCUGAGCAGCCUGACAGCGACCAUCAGAGCGCCGUCUGGAAACGAGGAACCCUGUCUGCUGAAGAGGCUUCCCAACAGGCACAUCGGAAUCUCCUUCACACCAAAGGAAGUGGGCGAACACGUGGUCAGCGUGAUGAAGAACGGCAAACACGUGACCAACAGUCCGUUUAAGAUCAUGGUGGGCCAGUCGGAGAUCGGAGACGCCAGCAAGGUGAAGGUUUAUGGCCAGGGCCUGGUAGAAGGACACACCUUCGAGGUGGCCGAGUUCAUCGUGGACACCAGAAACGCUGGGUAUGGAGGUCUGGGUCUGUCCAUCGAAGGUCCCAGUAAAGUGGACAUUAACUGUGAGGACGUGGAGGACGGGACGUGUAAAGUUACCUACUGUCCAACAGAACCUGGAAACUACAUCAUCAACAUCAAGUUUGCUGACCAACACGUUCCAGGAAGCCCGUUCACGGUGAAGGUGUUUGGUGAAGGCCGGAUGAAGGAGAGCAUCACCAGGAAGCGUCAGGCUCCGUCCAUCGCCACCAUCGGCAGCACCUGUGACCUCAGCCUCAAAAUCCCAGGGAACUGGUUUCAGAUGGUUUCAGCUCAGGAGCGUCUGACCCGGACCUUUACCCGAAGCAGCCACACCUACACCCGAACCGAGCGGACCGAGAUCAGCAAGACCCGGGCCGGAGAGACCAAGAGGGAGGUCCGGGUGGAGGAGAGCACUCAGGUCGGAGGAGAUCCGUUCAGGGACGUCUUUGGAGACUUCCUGGGUCGGGAGAGUCUGGGCGGGUUCAGUGGGAUGCCGGCCGGCAGUCGACCGCCACUGCAGGACGGUGAGGCAGGUAACCAGGAGAUGACGGCUCAGGUGACGAGUCCUGGAGGGAAGACGGAGGACGCAGAGAUCAUCAAAGGGAGGACAGCACCUACAGUGUCAGGUUCAUCCCUCAGGAGAUGGGACCUCACACCGUCAACGUUAAGUAUCGGGGCCAACAUGUCCCUGGUUCCCCCUUCCAGUUCACCGUGGGACCGCUAGGUGAAGGAGGAGCCCACAAGGUCCGAGCCGGAGGAACCGGACUGGACCGGGGAGUGGCGGGAAUCCCAGCUGAGUUUAGUAUCUGGACCAGAGAAGCCGGAGCUGGAGGUUUGUCCAUCGCCGUGGAAGGACCCAGCAAGGCCGAGAUCACCUUCGAGGACCGGAAGGACGGAUCCUGUGGAGCUUCCUACGUGGUUCAG